AUGAGCACAUCAUGGGCUGAUUCUGUUGCUGCUGAUAAUAAUGCAGCUUCUGGUUCCUCGAAUAUUAAUGGGACAGGAGUUGCUUCCCGUCCGGUCAGGUCUACUUAUGUACCACCACAUCUUCGAAACAGACCGCCCACGUCAGAGCCACCAUUUUCAUCACAUAGUGCCCCACCAUCAGAUAAUGACAGGAUUGGCUAUGGUGGAUCCACAAGUGGGUCAAGACCAGGAGGUUCUAGGCCUGAUUAUGGGCGCCAAGGAUAUGGUAGUGGUGGUCGAGGAGGUGGUGGUUGGAACAGCAGAGGUGGGGGAUGGGAUCGUGGGAGGGAGCGCGAGGUAAACCCUUUUGGUAAUGAUGAUGUUAAUGAGGAGGCAGAGCGUGCAUUUGAUGAGCAGGAAAGUACUGGUAUCAACUUUGAUGCUUAUGAGGAUAUUCCAGUGGAGACAAGUGGGGAAAAUGUGGCCCCUCCUGUGAAUACAUUUGCAGAGAUAGAUUUGGGGGAGGCCCUGAACCUAAAUAUUCGGAGGUGCAAAUAUGUGAAACCAACUCCUGUGCAGCGUCAUGCAAUUCCCAUUUCCCUUGCGGGUAGAGAUUUGAUGGCUUGUGCUCAGACUGGUUCAGGCAAGACAGCUGCUUUUUGCUUCCCAAUUAUUAGUGGAAUUAUAAGGGGUCAGUUUGAGAGGCCACGAGGAUACCGGACUGUGUACCCUCUUGCGCUCAUUCUGUCUCCUACAAGGGAGCUCUCCAUGCAGAUACAUGAGGAAGCUCGAAAGUUCUCUUAUCAAACUGGGGUGAAGGUGGUAGUUGCUUAUGGAGGAGCACCAAUCAACCAACAGUUGCGAGAGCUUGAGAGAGGAGUUGAUAUUCUUGUGGCAACUCCUGGGCGGUUAGUUGAUUUGCUUGAGAGAGCAAGAGUGUCAUUGGAGAUGAUUAGAUAUUUGGCUCUUGAUGAAGCAGAUCGAAUGUUGGAUAUGGGAUUUGAGCCACAAAUCAGAAAGAUUGUGGAACAAAUGGAUAUGCCUGCACCAGGGUUACGACAGACACUGCUAUUUAGUGCAACCUUUCCGAAGGAGAUCCAGAGACUAGCAUCUGAUUUCCUUUCAAACUACAUAUUCUUAGCUGUUGGAAGAGUUGGUUCAAGUACUGAUUUGAUUGUUCAAAGAGUUGAAUUUGUUCAUGACUCUGACAAGAGAAGCCACCUCAUGGACCUUCUUCAUGCACAAAUGACUAACGGCAUUCAUGGCAAGCAAUCUCUGACUUUGGUAUUUGUGGAAACAAAGAAGGGAGCUGACGCAUUGGAACAUUGGUUGUAUACUAGUGGGUUUCAUGCCACUACUAUUCAUGGAGAUAGGACACAGCAGGAAAGAGAACAAGCAUUGAGAUCAUUUAAGAGUGGAAAUACACCGAUUUUAGUUGCUACAGAUGUUGCAGCACGCGGACUCGAUAUUCCUCAUGUUGCUCAUGUGGUCAACUUUGACCUCCCCAACGACAUUGAUGAUUAUGUACACCGGAUAGGACGGACAGGGCGAGCUGGCAAGACAGGAUUGGCAACUGCUUUCUUUAAUGAGAACAAUUUAUCAUUGGCAAAGCCACUAGCUGAUCUGAUGCAAGAAUCUAAUCAAGAGGUACCCACUUGGCUCACCCGGUAUGCAAGUCGGGUUUCUUAUGGAGGGGGGAAAAAUAGGCGGUCUGGUGGAGGACGUUUUGGUGGCCGUGACUUCCGAAGAGAAGGCUCUUUUAGUAGGGGUGGAGGUGGAAGUAGUGGUGGUUAUGGGGUUUCUGGUAGUUAUGUUGGUGGAUAUGGUUCUGGAGCGACCAGUGCUUGGGAUUAGGGUUCCACAAUAUAUUCAAUUUGUUCUCAUAGUAUAUAUAUAUAUAUUUCCGUUAGAAUUUAAAGGGUUUCUGUUUUUCCUUAUUUUUCCAAAGUUUAGUUUGAGUUCCGAUCCCUUUAGUUCUAGUGUAGAUAAUGCAUUUUUUGAGUGAUUCUUCUUCCAGAGAUGCUGGGAGAUGUGUGUGAACGUUGCAACUUGGCCAGGUUGAGGUUUUUGUCCAAACUUGACUUGAAGUGUAGCUGAAUUUGCUCUAGCCUAGCUCAAGUUCAAAGUGGGCAAUAAUUUCUUUGUUGUAGAGUAAAAAAUCUACAGAGAGGGUGGGAGGCGCAAUCUAAAGCAUCCGAUCCAAUAUAAAAGGUGUCAAUGUAUUAUUUUAAAUCUAGAUUUAAAAAACGAAUUUGAGAGUAUUAGUUUAAUGGAGUUAAUUAACUUGAUGAAUAUGAUUUUUUGAAAUUUUUCUGUGAAUGAUUUUCUUUGUUUAAAAAUAUUAAUUCAUCUUUUCUA